AUGAAGGACGAGGACGCUGGUAUGGACGACGCUUUGUCGCCGGGCGCAAUCAAGAGCAUCAAGCGGCAGGUCUGCUACUACCUCUGUGACAGCAACCUUGUCCGGGACGACUUCCUGCAGACGAAAAUUGGUGAAGAUUCUGAUGGAUUUGUUGAUCUUGCAGUGCUUUGCACGUUCAAUCGCAUGAAGACCUUCCUCAAGUUGGGGGAAGAUGUGAAGGUUGGUGAUGCUCCAGCCAGUGUGUGCAAGUCUGUGGGAGAAAUCCUGAGGGACUGUGAAGACAUUGUUGUCAGUGAGGAUGGCCUGAGAGUGAAGAGAAAGGAGCCAUUGGGCGAUGUUGGCGAAUUGAAGAAGAUGAUCAAAGCACGUUCAUUACAUGUAACUCCUUUCCCUUUUGACACAAAGCUGGAGACUCUUGAAGAUUUUUUCCGCACAAAGGUCCCCAUCAACUCUGUCCAGAUGUUGAAAAAGCGAGGUGCAUUCUCAGGUGACAUCUUUCUGGAAUGCAAGUCGAUACAGGCUGCUCAGGAGCUGAUUGACAUGGAAAUUGAGUACGCUGGAGCACUCCUUCGAAAGGAGUUCAAGGGAAACUGGGAAAACGGAAGAGGGGACAGGCAGAAGAAGAUGAAAGAGGGCAAAAUGGUGGAAGAAAAGGCCAAGAAGGGUGGCAAUCGACCAGAGCCAGAAACGAUACCAGGAUGCCUUGUUCGCUUUGAGUUUCUCAAAGAUGCACCCGAAUCUGUCAAUCAGAAGGGCAUCAGGGCUGCACUGACAGAAGCGGGGUUCCACACCAAAUGGGUGGUAUAUGUAGCG